AUGAAUAAGAAAAAGAAAGCAGUAAAGAAAAUGAUAUUUGAACCCAAAGCACCAACACAAGUACUAGAAGAAGUCAAAGAAGAAGAUAUUCCUGUUAUACAAGAUACACAAAUAUUUAAAGGUAAAUUUUCUCCUUUACAAUUACAAUAUAAAAAACAUAUUUAUAAAUAUAAUCCUACGGAUAACUUAAUACUAAAUAUUCCUUUUAAUUCGGAAAGCAUGUCUUUUAUUGUCUUUGAAGAUGACACUUGUGGUUUAAAAAUAAAUAACCAAAUUAUAGCGCUAGAUGCUGUACACGUAGACAAUGACACUGUAAUGGAACAUUUAGACGAACAGUGUGUUAAUAUUUGUAAUGUUAAUUAUAUUUUAGUGCCUAGAGGGACUAUUAACAUUUAA